UUACUAUUGUCUUGGCUUCAAAGUUAAGCAUGCAUUAUCAUGUCCUAGACAUUAUUUUCCCAUCUAGUUAUCACACACACUCAUAUACAUUUAUUUUCAUCAUUAGAAAUCAUGAACACUAAAUAUAUCUUCAAUUCUUUUAGUAUCUCCUUGCUCUUCCUCUACCACCAUGAUCCUUAUUCUCCUAUUUUCCCUAGUCUUCUCCCCUCAAUUUCGACCCGUUAUAUCCUCCCAUUGUACCACAAUUACUAGUACCAAAAAUUUUGAGAAAUGUAUGACACUUCCUAGCCAACAAGCAUCCCUUGCUUGGACUUACCACGCGCAUAAUGCCACCCUUGAUGUUGUCUUCUUUGGUAACUUCAUAUCCCCUUCGGGAUGGGUAGGUUGGGGGAUCAAUCCUACUACUGCAGAGAUGACAGGCACCCGAAGCCUAAUUUCCUUUCCGGACCCUAACACAGGCCAACUAGUCCUCCUCCCUUAUAUUUUAGACCCAACGGUUAAACUCCAAAAGGCUCCAUUAUUAUCACGCCCUCUUGAUCAUAUCCACUUGUUAACAUCAUCAGCAAAAAUGUAUGGUGGAAAAUUAGCCACAAUACAUGAUGGAGCCCAAGUUGAAAUAUACGCCACAAUCAAGCUCUCCCCUAACAAAACAAAGAUCCAUGUUGUAUGGAAUCGCGGUGUUUAUGUCCAAGGAUAUUCACCUACCAUACAUCCAACUACGAUCAAUGACCUCUCUUCUGCAACCACCAUAGACCUCCUUUCCGGUGUUGCAAGACACGAAAAUGACCUAAAAACCUUGAAAAUAGUACAUGGUGUUAUGAAUGGAAUAUCAUGGGGAGUCAUGCUUCCAAUAGGUAUAAUCAUGUCACGUUACUUAAGACAUAUAGAAGCAUUAGGCCCUACGUGGUUCUACGUGCAUGCCGGCAUGCAACUCACCGGAUUCUUCCUAGGAACCAUUGGUUUCGCGAUAGGGCUUAAACUAGGGGAGCUAUCACCCGGAAAAGUGUAUGGAUUGCAUAGGAAGCUAGGGUUUAUCGCGGUAUGCUUGGGAAGUCUACAAACACUAGCGUUAUUAUUUAGGCCAAAGACAACAAACAAGUAUAGGAAAUAUUGGAAGUCAUACCAUCAUUUUGUAGGGUAUGCUUGUGUGGUUUUAGGGGUUGUGAAUGUUUUUCAAGGGUUUGAAGCAAUGGAGGCAAGCCGGACUUACGCGAAAUUGGCCUAUUGUUUGUGCUUAUCUACCUUGAUUGGUAUAUGUAUAGCAUUGGAGGUUAAUAGUUGGGUUGUUUUUUGUAGAAAAGCCGAGGAAGAAAAAUUGAAAAGAGAUGGAGUCAUAACACAUCCAAGCUCGGAGAAAGCUAGUGGUAGCUUCAAUUGAUGAACAAAUUUUGCUUUCUACUUUUUUGUUUUUUCUUUUUUAACAAAUUCUUUUUCGCAAUUUUUGAGGUUUAUGUUUUACAAAUGUAUAAUCGAGAGAAGAAAUUACUACUCCUUUGUUCAUCAAUUGAAGCUAUA